UUUUUUUUUUACAUUUAUCGACACUAUCGAAUUUUGAUGUACUCUUUGCACGUCCAAGCAAUAAGAAGUGUGUAAUCCGUUCCUGACCUUAACUAGGUCGCAAGGCGUAGGGUGCUGAGAUGGCCAUGUUGACGCGCCUGACGAGUAACGGAACAACCACAGUGACACCAGGCUCGCCCAAGGGAUUACAACGCUUUCAAAACUACCUCACAGCGUUUCUUUGGCCAGGAACAUCAUCAUCGCAUCGACAGCAGCGCAAAUCUUCGACUCAGUUGGAUGCCAUCGAUUGUUUCACCAAUGAGCUGGUUAAUCGCAAGACCCAAAAAUGGGAGGAGCUGCGUGACAAUCUGAUGAAACCCGUGGCCGAGGACAAAGGAGCCAGCAACUUUGGACAGAAUGUGGGACUCAUGUCCAAGGGAAUGGUGAAUGACCUGAAGCAGCUGCGCUCGCCACAGCUGGGAUUGGACAUACGAUCGCUGUCGCAGCCGCAGCUGGACAAUCUGCUGCUGGCCACGCUGGAGAUCAAGAACAAAGUGGACUUUCUCUAUUUGAUACGUCAGUGUGUGCGUUGGCAGCAGUUGCCCUGCAAUGAGGUGCUCAUCUCCUGCCUCAAGUAUUUGAGCGGCUUGGGACGCCUGCAGCAGCUGGAGUCGCUGGCGGAAACAUGUCGCCAGGUGGAGCAUCCGUUUGCUAGCAUCUAUGCGGAUUUGGCGCCAUUUAAGGCCAUUGCCUUGUGGCACAAUGGCAAUGCGGAUGUGGCUCUCAUGACACUACAUCGUGGCUAUGGCGGCAGUCUCAAUUCGGAGGAGGGUCGUCGCAUGAUACGCACCGCUUUUCGCACCAUUGCCGAGGAGACGUUGGCCCAGAAAUCGGAGGCAGUGCUCAUCUCCCUCAUGGAGGUGGCACGUGCCAUUCACCGGGAGCACAAGGACAUCUUUGUGGUGGCAUGUGUGUGGAAACAAUGCUUUGCCAGCACCUGGUUCAGUGACCAGAAGUCGGCGGAGGAGCUAUUCGAGCAGCACCAGGAACUGCAGCAAUUGGUGGAGCGGCGGGCGAGUCCGCUCUGCUCAUCCUUCCUCAGCCGUCACAAUGUGGAUGCAGUGCAUCGCUUAAUUGAAGUAUUCCUGCAGCACAAGCAGCGAGUUGCCUGCUCCAGCUGCCUCAGUCUGCUCUUCAACUAUCAAUACUUGCGCAAGGAUUUGCGUGCUUGUGCUGAGAUUGUCAAGUCCUGCAGCGAACUGGAGAUGCCAUUGAAUGAGCUGCAAAACGAACAGUUCCUCAGUUUGUUCCUGGACCGCAGCGAUCCCUUCGAGACUGGCAAUGGCAAUGGCAACAAUAGAAACGUGGCUAACAAGUAUAAGCCCAAAUCUUUCCAGUACAAAUUUUAGUAGUGGCUUUGUUGCCCAAUCCCAAAGUUGUAGCUUGUUGUAUUUGUAAUGGCACAAAGUGUUUGCUGCUGGUUUCGUUGUAGCACUCCAAAUCUUUACCAUUUCAAUAAAUGUUAUAUAUCUUAAGGUAG